CGCAAGUGACCCUCAGCUCUCUUCCUUGUGCUUCCAAGACUUUUCAUCCUCCAGUCCGUAUCUUCUUCAUUCUCCAGCAGGGUUUCCUUAAAGCUUAAAGCUUUAUCAUCAUUUACUCAAAAUCUUUACGAAAUGGCGGACUGGGCGCCGGUGGUGAUCGGGGUGGUGCUGUUCGUGCUGCUGUCGCCGGGACUUCUGUUCCAGUUGCCGGGACACAGCAGGCAGGUGGAGUUCGGGAGCUUGAAGACCAACGGGAAAUCCAUCUCCGUUCACACUCUCCUUUUCUUUGCCAUUUAUGCCGUUCUAAUCCUGGCCGUUCGUGUGCACAUCUACAUCGGCUGAGAAUGCUUCAAUAUCUGUGUACUGUAAGCCAUUGAGAUUCUAAUGUUGUACUACUUGCUCAAUUCGAAAUAGGAUAUUGCCUUUGAGAUUUGGAUUUGGGUGAAUGAAAUCUUGAUUUUUGAUUUUGUCAUUUGGUUAUAUAAUUUCAGUUUAAUUUGACUCCUUUUCAGCACCGACAACAUGGCCCUAUGUUUAUAUCCUGUAGUUGUGGAGCUUAUAAUUUUCUUGGAAUUAGAAAUAUGUGUGGUUAACACCCAAUUAGCAAAUGAUUCA